AUGUUCUCCCCAGCCCUCAUCACAACUCUCCUCGCCACCACCAUCACAGCAGCAGCAACAACAUCUCCCCACACUCUCAAUGUAACUGUCAUCGCCGCCCAAAACAACCAUUCAACCCUUGAAUGCUGGGCCCUUGAGCCCGGGUUCACCCCAUCCACCCAAUCCGGCACUGCAGGAGACCCCGUCCUCUCCCUAGGUGCAGGAACACGCAAUAUGUCCUACAUGAUCAUCCCCGCGCACACAGAUGGAGGCAGACAUAACGCCCCGACCAUACAGUGGGUGACUUUUUUAUCGGGGUUAGCGCAUAUUACACUUUCGCAUUCGGACGACGAAGCGUGGAUUCCUGGUGGGAAACACGGGACUAUUUUGGCCAUCGAUACCGCGGAUGUCAGUGCUGAGGGCCAUAACACGGAAUAUCCUUCUGAGGAGGCUACGGUUACUUUGGCGUUGCCUGUUGAGAGGGUUCCGCGGCAUCGGGUUUUGUAUGGGGGUGCUUGCGUGGAGAGUGAGAUGGAUUAUUGA